AUUUAUAUAAGCUCCCCACUCAGAACAGGAGCCGCAUCUCGUUGCCAGGACAACUACACUUCCGGCAGCACCAGAGGAGUGGUGCAGGGAACCAUCACCGUUAAUAGCUUGAGAGGUUGUGAGAGUUUGAUGACUGGAGGAGGGAGCCAAAUCACGGUUUUCUUCACUGAACUGGACAGAUGUGGAACUCGACAAAAGUGGUGAGGGAAGUAACACUUGAAGUCCAGUAUAUCUGCCUCGACUGUGAAGACCAAUAUGCUGCCUGGCUCUGUUGUGAAGCCCAGUAUGUCUGCCUCGAUUGUGAAGCUCAGUAUGUCUGCCUCGACUCUAAGUCUAGAUACCAAACACGAAGAUCUGAACAGAUUCCGGUAUGAACUGGUUGUGACUAAGGCAGGACGAGACGUGCUAGCAAGUGUGUUUAUGUGGUCGUACCGGGGCACCUUCCCAGUAGUGACUUACCUCACUCAGGACUUGGGGUACACCAAUGCUCAGUACAGGCGUGUCUUCGAUGAUUACCAGAGGGAUAAACUCGAAGCUUCCUCUGACGCGGCAACUUUUGACAUCACCCUGUUGUAUAAACUCCUGCAACGUGUGUGUGGUCUGGCUGAGAUGAAUGACCCCACGUGGACCACUCCAGGGCCUCAGGGACCAUCACUUGAACACCUCAUUUACAAGCUGAAGCAACACCGAAACACGUUGGCAUUUGAAUAUAUGAGAAUGACGGAGCAAGACCUCAGGAAAACACUGACGGAAUUAAGGGAUUUAUUGGUUAAGAUGCUGGCUGAGGCCGGCGUCCGGUGUGGGAGAGACAGCCAGGAAGUGCACAAGGUGACCAGAGAUGUCAACGAGUAUACUGAGGGUGUGCUAUUGAUGGCCAGAGAGCCGCUGGAUCCCUCAGAUGUGCAGUACGUUUCUCAACUCCACCAGGAGAUUAAGAUGUUCAAAAGCCACAUCACAGAAGAGGUUAAGCAGAUGAGCAAGCAGGAGCUAACUGACGGGUAUACACUGCUGUACCAGAUUGUUCCCGCACCCUGGCUACUCUACAACAUUGCAUACAACCCAAGUCUUGCUUUUACAAGACUGCGACUCCUUGAAGAUCCUGUCAUUUUGGCAAGACCAAGGGUCAAGGGCCAGGAUGUGAACUAUGAAGACAUCUUGAGUAUGAGACGAGAGGACGGAAGAGUCCCUGAGUGUGUCCUCCUGACGGGGGAAGGUGGUAUGGGCAAGACAACUUUACUCAAGCUCAUCCUCGAGAAGUGGGUAGAGGACCCUGGUGCCAUACGUCACCUGGGCACUGUGGACCUCGUUUUCUAUGUACAGUGCAGGGACUCACAUCUUAAUACCUUUGAUGAUCUCCUCCGCCAGUUGCUGCCUCAAACACUUUGUAAUUUUGGUGCCGACUUCCAGCUGUUUAAGGAGAUAAUUCUGAGCUUAAAUAUAUUAGUCCUGAUCGACGGCUACGACGAGGUCAACGACCAUUCAGGAAGGCUGGUGAAGGAGCUGUUGCACCUGCCUGGCAAGGAUGUGAGGUUGGUGAUAACCACACGGCCGGGGUGGGACCAACACCUGUCACAGCUCGUCCCACACACCAGACCUCGCUGCAACAUCCUCGUCUUGGGCAUCACUCCAGAACGUCGCGUGGAGUUCGCCGAGAGAACCAUCAAGGUGCUGGUGGAGGAAGAGAGCCAACGGAGUGUCAUCACAGGCAGGUUUAUCCUUCGGCUGGAGCAGAUGAGUCAGUUCGUGGGUGAGUACCUCAACACUCCACUCAUCUUGACCUUCUUGGCGCUGCUGUGCGUCGAGGCCCCAGAAGAAUUUAACAAUCUCACAACAAUUUCUGAAAUGUAUCAGAAGAUUCACGACUUCAUAACCAGCCAACUGGUGUCCAGACUCACAGACAAACACGUGACCGACCCUAAAGGAAAAUGUGACCAGUUUUUGUUGUUCUUUGAAGAGAUUAGUUUAAGAGGGAUCCAGAGGCAGGAGUACUACCUUAGGCCGGAGACGGAAGUGGAGAUUAAGAAGAAGUGUAAAACUCUAGGACUGCCGCAGGAGGAGGUCUUGUCCAAUUAUUUCACAAGAACCAGCUACCGUCGGGGUCUCCGUGUGGUGAGGGUGUUUGGCUAUUUUCACACCAGGUACCAGGAGCAUUGUGCUGGUAGGAGGCUGGUCACUCAGCUGAUGUCAGAGGAACAGCUCGGCGACCAGGGAAACACCAACCUCGUGCACAGAGUACUGCUGGAGGGACAAAAUGUGGUUGAUAUAUCCAGAUACCAGAACAUCUUGCUCAGUGCUACCUGUGUGCUGAACGUUCGUGAAUUGGAACAAAAUUUCGCUUCUUGGAUUAUUGACCUUGUGUGGUGUAAUGAUCCUGAAGUGGAUAACCUUUUAAAACACAUAGUCGAGUCCCACAGCAACGAGCACAUUAUCAAUGCUGUGUGUAAGAGGUUGCAAGAUUGGAAUUGUUGGAAGAUAAAGUGUGUUGAUUCAUGUGCCGUUCUCCCGCUUGUUCUCAAGAGAGUGAGACCUGAUAGCGAAAUCGUGCUGGAGAUCGAAAGUAGACCACAACCAAACCAACUAAUGCCAGCACUGAGAGUUUUGAUGACACUACCGAUUACUGUAAACGUGCUUCUCUAUGGUCACUACUUUUGCAGAAAUGACGAUCUUUCAAACAUAUAUUUAGAAACAUUGACAACUCCUGGCAGUAGGUGUACCUUGGAGAAGUUUGUGGGUCGAUUGUCUGAGGCAGCCAUACCCCACUUGCCUCCCACCCUCCGGAGCCUCGCCCUGCGCCUCACACUGCAGCAACUGCCCGUCUUCACACAUCACCUGCCACUCCUUUGCCGUGUCACUGAACUAAGUAUUAUCCUGGAAGCCACAAGCAACAAAGACCCGGCCACCCUGCCCAGUCUACCAUAUAGAGGAAGUGGACUCGAACUGACAAUUGUCUGCAGCCUCACCGAUACCCUCGCCCUCGACCAGUGCUGCCAUCUGGCUCGGCAACUGUGUCCUCCCUCCAAGAGGCUGCGGUACCCUUCUCUGAGCUUCUGCCACACUGACGUAUCAAAUUCCAACAUGGGAGGGGAUCCACAGAAAUUUGACGAUUCUCCCUUGAUCGGUGUGGGUGUGGAGAAUCUUCUGAGAGGACUUGAACGUGAGGGCGUCACCACCAACAAGCUCUUAGUGGAGGUUACAGACGAUAUUUCUCUGGAAGAAGAACAUCGCCUAAGACAUCUGGCACUAAAGUUCGGCAUCCAGGGUUUUCAAGUCACUUGGACCGGAAGAAGAACAGACUAACCCUCGAAAACCCACAUCCAAUUUUUGUACUGCUAUAUGGAGCUGCAG